AUGCAGCCUCCUUGUCUUUUUAUCACCAGAGGCUGGAAGACUUUACAUAGACUCCAACAAAACCACCGUUUUUCUUUAAGACUGAGGAGCAGUGUCGUGAGAUGUUCGAGCACCCAGCGUUGUAAAGAGGACAAGAAUUACUACGUAACAACUCCCAUCUUCUAUGUCAAUGCUUCUCCUCAUUUGGGCCACUUGUACUCAGCUGUUAUAGCUGACAGUUUGCAUAGGUAUAAACUACUUCAAGGAUUUAACUCAAGGUUUGCAACAGGAACAGAUGAGCAUGGCUUGAAAAUCCAGCAAGCUGCAGAGGCUGCAGGAAAAGAUCCCCUCAGCUUCUGCACUGAGGUGUCAGAGCGGUACAAACAUCUCUUUGGCAGCUGCAACAUUUCCCACACAGACUACAUUAGAACCACUGAGAAGCGGCACAGGGAGGCUGUGGAGCAUUUCUGGAAGGUGCUGUGGAACAAAGGCCUCAUCUAUAAGGGGAGUUAUGAAGGAUUUUACUCCACACAGGAUGAGAGCUUCCUCAUGGCUUCGCAGGUCGGCGAUGCUCUGGACUCUUCAGGGAAAGAGAUCAAAAUAUCGUUGGAGAGCGGACACAAGGUGGAGUGGAUGAAAGAGGAGAACUACAUGUUUCGUCUGUCUGUGUUCCGCUCUCAGCUGCUGGACUGGCUAAAAUCGAAUCCCGGGGCCAUACAGCCCGAACGCUUUCACCAGCUUGUUCUGCAGUGGUUGCAGGAAGACCUUCCAGACCUCUCGGUGUCUCGUCAGAGAAGUCGUCUUCAGUGGGGCGUCCCUGUGCCGGGAGACGCUGAGCAGACCAUUUACGUGUGGCUGGAUGCCCUCGUGAAUUACCUCACGGUGGCGGGCUACCCAGACACGCAUGACCAAUGGUGGCACGCGGUCCACCACAUCAUAGGAAAGGACAUCUUAAAAUUUCAUGCCAUCUACUGGCCCGCUUUUCUUCUGGGCGCCGGACUGCCCCUCCCACAGGUGAUACAUGUCCACUCACACUGGACAGUUGGAGGAAAGAAGAUGUCUAAAAGUCUGGGGAAUGUCAUCGAUCCGUGUGAACACUCCCAGAUGUUUACAACCGACGGGAUGAGGUACUUUCUGUUGCGGCAGGGCGUCCCAGACUCGGACUGCGAUUACACCGAAAACAAGGUCCGAAAGCUGCUGAACGCCGAGCUGGCCGACUCUCUGGGCGGCCUGCUGAACCGGUGCACGGCCCCGGCGCUCAACCCAGCUCAGCUCCAUCCCUCCUUCUGCUCCCGGUCCUUCCCCAGAGAAGCUGGGGGCAAAGCUGUGGCCGAGGACUACCACAUGCUGGAGGCGGUGAGAGGUCUGCCGGCCGUGGUAGAGACGCAUUACGAGAGCACGCACGUGUACAGAGCUCUGGAGGCCAUCGGCGCCUGCGUACGGCUGACCAACGGGUUUGUCCAGCGCCACAAACCCUGGAAGCUGGACAGGGGGGACGAUGGAGACCGGCGCUGGCUGGACACCAUCAUCCACGUGUCUCUAGAAUGCCUCAGAAUUUACGGCACGCUCCUCCAGCCUGUAGUGCCGGAGAUUUCCGACAAGUUGCUGACCAGACUUGGGGUCAGACCAGACGAGAGGAGCUGGAAAGCUCUGGACUUCCUGCCGAGGUUUCGGGGGGUGGACUGCCCCUUCGAAGGGAGAGCGCUGGGCUCUGACUCUGGAGUGCUUUUCAACCGCUUGGGCAGUCAGAAUCCCAUUAAUGAAAAAACAAAGCAACCUAAAUCUGCACAGUUGAAAUGA